CGACUCACAAGUCCCUACCCUGCCCUGAUGGCCACUGGAAGCACUGCCCACAGCCCACUGUACCGGCUCCUAGUCCGGGUGUCUGAGAGCUACCCUAGAAUGGAGAGGAAGCUACAAAAGUAUUUCCAGAACCCAUGGAGGUCCGGAGGAGGAAAAUGCAAGGUCAAACCUGGUCCCCGUGAAGGCACUUUCUGGGUAGAGUUUUAUAAAAGACAAGCCAAGGAAGGUGUGAUAGCAAGGAGAGAUCACACUGUAGCAGUCACUGAUACAUCACAUGUGGACGUCUUCAUAGAAGCAAAUGAAGACCCAGGAGAGAACACUACUUUGGAGGUAAACCAGCUUUCCUCUCAGACUCAGUCACUCCCAAAGGGAUCUCCAGGUGAGAAGAACCCAGAUGCAGGAGGUACUGCUAGGUCCUCUAAUUCCAUCAUUCAAAAGAUAUUUCUCUAUGUGGAGGCCCAACUGAACUUCAAGCUUUCUGAAGAGCAAAGGGAGAAGAUUUUUAACCUCUGCCCAAAUCUCAGAAUAGAGGGAGGCCAUGAUGGACCUGAGAAAGUGAUUGGUGACUACGAAGAUAUUGAAAAAACUUAUCAGUUCUUAAGUGAGAGCAUCCUGGGAAACAACCAGAAAGAGGACUUUUCCAACUCAGCCUCAGCAAGAGAAAUUGAGCAAGUUAUGCCAAAUGACUGUGACAGUCCUAUUCUUCACUCAAAUCUUAAACACAUGACAGAAGAAGAGUCAGACCUUAUCUCGAUUCCUUCCUAUUUGUAUGAAUAUUUCAAGUAUUUCUUUGCUGAAACUCUGGACAGAAUUGAAAGUGAGCAUCAAGUACGUAUUACAAGUAAUUUGGCAUAUCCUACGGGCAAUGUGUAUUUAGACUUUGAGACAAGCAAGUCAGAGGACAGGAAAGCGGCUCAAGAAGCUUUUACCAGAGCAUUUCAGAGGGAAAUCCAGAAUGUGACCCGUCAGGAUAUUCAUUUCACAGAUAAUGAGCUGGCUCAUGACGUCCAAAAAACACUGACUGACAUGUUUCAAAACCUCCAUAUUAAAGCUGAAGGAAAAGUCUUAAUCCUCUGGGGAAACCCAAAGGAUAUUUCAGAAGCUAAACAUUACAUUGAAGCAAACUUCUUCCAUGAGAAAAAUGAUGUGAAAAUGAUGGUUUCCCGAAACACAACGAAGAAUGGAAUUGAGAUUGAUACCACUCACUUGCGUUUUCUGCACCAAGAAAUCACAGAAAUUGAGAAAACAUAUGACACAGCAGCAGAACUGGUGAACAAUCUCCAAACUCGGAAAACCCUCAUCAUAUUUAAACCAAAAGACAAAAACUUAGACCUCUCUGAGCAUGCUUAUGAAGAUUUCAUUUAUGUCUUUCAGAUGCUCUUACCUCAGAUUGUGAAGGAGGUAGUGAUCCUGAAACCAUUAGAUGAAGAGAGAAAAUGUUGGCCUGAAAAGACAUUCUUUGAAGACUUUGAAAGAAAGCACCCCUAUGUAAACUUGGAGUGGAAUGAACAAGAACUGACAUUGACUGGAUUGCCCAAGUACCUUGCAGAAGCAGUGAAAUAUGUUAAGAGAUACUUCGGUAUUGAAAGUCCUACCCAGCAGAGACAAGGGGCUUCUCUCUCCCUUGGAGCAAAUUGGAAUAGAGACCCCAGAUCUCCCUUGGAACAAAAUUGUGAUGAUUUCAACAUGGCUUUGGCUUCCUUCAAGGGAUUGCCUAGCUGGUGGGACCUAGGAAAAGAGGAGGAGGAAGAAGAAGAAGAGAUAUGUGUCAUCUGUAUGGAAAGAAUUUUCCAGAAAGAAGUCCUCCCAAAGUGCAAGCAUGCAUUCUGUGGUCCUUGUAUCAGAGAGGCCAUGAAAUGUAGGCCAGUGUGCCCUGUGUGCAAAACUUCCUAUGGUAUCGUGAAAGGGAAUCAGCCAGAUGGAACAAUGACAACCUCUUACAGAACAUCUUCACUUCCGGGUUAUAAUUCCUGUGGCACUAUUGUGAUUCAUUAUGACAUGUGGGGAGGCAUACAGACAGAAGAUCAUCCCAACCCAGGAAAGCGCUAUGAAGGAACAAGACGUUUGGCAUACUUGCCAAAUAAUGAAGAAGGACGUCAGGUUUUGCUUCUCCUCAGAAGAGCUUUUGACCAAAGGCUGAUUUUCACAGUAGGACAGUCUCAGGCAUCAGGAAUCAAGGAUGUGAUCACUUGGAAUGGUAUUCACCACAAAACUCUCCAAUUCGGCGGGCCAGAAAACUUUGGUUACCCUGAUCCCAGCUAUCUGCAGCGAGUCAAGCUGGAGCUGAAGGCAAAAGGAAUUGAGUAAGAGUGCUGAAAGCUUCAAGGAUUCCUUGGGAGCUGGGCUUGUGAAAGCUGUAGCUGUGGAAAGGAAUCAAAGUGAUCAUUAAAAUACAUGUGUGUAGGCACCAUUUAGAGAAAAAUAAAGGAAUUUGAGAAGAAAUUAGUUUGUUUAGGGGUGAGUGGGAUGAACUGUGAUCUGCUAACCUGUCUAAUAUCUUGGAGUUUUUUACUUCUUAUUAGACAAAUGGAGAGCCUGGUAGGAAUGUAAAUAUUGCUCUAGUGACAACCCAAAGCAUAUUUCUCAUUGCUUUCCUGCCUUUCUCCAGUUUGCUGUCACCAGAGAUGCUGGAGUUAAGGAAUCUUCCAUUGUACCACUUGCACAAGGUGAUGAUGGACCCUCCGGUCCAUUCACAGUAUUUGUCAUAAGUUGUUCAGAAUUCACCAGACCUUGCUCUCUUCUAACUGGAAUGGUAACCAGGAACAUGAAAAAGUUUGAAAGACAUCUUGAAGAAAAUUAUAGUUUCAAAAUACUUUCAUGAGUCCUUCACUUCAGAAAGAAACCAUCCAUCUUUGGGGCUCUGGCAAAUUUAAUGUAAAAUUAGGAGUGGGGAAAGAUAUUUCUGUCUUCAGUCAAGUCCAGUGACUUCCAAUCAUCUUCAGGAACAAAUGGAAAUGCCUCUGUUUGGCAUUCAAAGCCCUUCGCAACCUUGCCACUCCCUUUAUUUUCCCAACGUGUACUCUGUAAUUUAGUGAUACUGGCCUUCUUGGCAUUCCUUGUGCAAGAAACUCCAUCUCUCUGGAUUGUGCAUUUUCACUGGAUAUCGACCAUACCUGGAAUUCUUUCCCUCCACAUUUCCACUGACCAGCUUCCCUGACUUAUUUCAGGUCCUACCUAAAAUUCCACCUUCUACAUGAAG